AUGGCAUCUCAUACCCAUUUGAUAUAUCUCUGCAUUAUCAAGCUUUCAUGUGCUGAUGUUUGUCUCUGUCUCAUGUCUUUCGGUUCGACAUAUCUUGUAGGCUUUGUUCAUAUCAUACAUGAAAAAGUUGCAGCAUGCCCGCGACAAAACCAAAGGAUAUCAUAUUCUUGUGAUAGCCUGAGAAUCUUGUACCACUAUUCUUGUCUAAACACCAGAGAUUAUAUAUGCGAUUGCUCGAAUUCGAAACCAUAAAUAAUCUGUCUUAUCCGGCGACGACGACUAAAAUCCAGUAAGGGGGCAAGUUCGUUUGGUAGAGAAAUUCUGUAUGUGUUUGGUUAA